AUGAAUGGCCAAGGGAACAGUGAUGAGGAUGACACGAGCCGCCUCCUCCGACAGCUGAGCAGGAUCAACCGGCCGUACGAAGUCACCUUCCCGCAGAUGAUCAAGCUUAUGAGCCAGUGUCAGCAGGUGGAGGGCGUGGAGAAGUCGUCGGAGGGUGAUAGCCGGCGGGUGGAAAGUGGCGGAGUUGUGAGGGAGCGGGGUGCUGCGGCGCGACUACGGGCUGGCGGCGCGCAUGCAGGCCUGCUGGGUGGAAGCCCACUCUCCCUACUGCAGGGCAUCAUACCUGGUACAAAAUGGUGCGGCACAGGAGACAUAGCAGCGGAUUAUCACGACUUGGGCGCUGAUCGCUCUCUGGACCGCUGCUGCAGAACACACGAUCUCUGCCCUACCAAAGUCCGUGCCUUCUCCCGUCGAUAUAACCUCACAAACAACUCGCUGUACAGCAAGUCGCACUGCACCUGCGACGACAUGCUCUUCGAAUGCCUCAAGAACACCAACACAUCAGCCUCCCAUCUCAUGGGACACAUUUAUUUCAAUUUAGUACAGGUCCCGUGUCUAGAAGAUCAACCCACUGGCAGAAAGUUCAGAGACGCUAAACAAGGAUUCUAG